UGCAGCAGGCAAGAGCUGCAGUGGCCUGGUCCUUGUCCCCCUCCUGCUUGGCCAUCUGGGGACCCUGAUGGAUCCUGGGGCAGAGGGCAGGGCAGGCUCUGGGGUCAGGGAACGUCGAGGGGCUCUGAUGGCCUGAUCCUGCCCUAGUGAAGAUGUGUCAAGUGGGCAUCCUUGAUCCCAGCAGCCACCAAAGGGUCCUGAUGAAAACUGGCCUCAUCCUCCUCAUUAUUGGGCACCUCAACUUCAUUACUGGUGCCCUGGUCCAUGGCACCGUUCUCCGCUUCGUGGUCAACCUCCAGGAUGUCACCUCCCUGCUGUACGCCGUCGCCAACACUGCCUCUGUCAUCUCUGCUCUUCUGACCAUCUCCUGUGGCAUAGCAGUCCUCAUGCUGUCUCGCUACCUCGCCCCCACUGCCCUGAAGUGGCUGGUUUUCACCCUGAGCACCAGCAGCUGCCUGGGCUGCCUGUCCUGCCUGCUGGGCACGGCCACCUCCAUCGGGCUGACGCUGGGCAGCCAGGGCCGGGCACUGCUGGCCCCCUGCUCCCUCACCAACGUCGCCCUCCCCCCGGUCUCCCGCGAGUGCCCCUUCGAUCCCACCCGUGUCUAUAGCUCCACGCUGUCCCUCUGGGCCAUCUCCCUCCUGCUUGACUCCGUGGAGAUCAUCUUCAGCAUCCGCUGCCUCCUGCUCACCAGCGACCUCCUCCAGCUCGGCUGCUGCUGCCGCGGGACACACCGCAGGAAGGUCUCCUUGCAGGCAGCCCCCGCGGACAGCCCUGACCCCAGGCAGUGCCUGAGCUUGCUGAGGUUGGACAGUGUGGAAAGUGCCCAGCUCUGAGCAGGACCUGAGGCAUGACCCUGUGGGUGUGCCCCAGCCAGCCCUGCUCCAUGACAGCCCUGUGACUGGACCCAGCUGCCCCCCAGCCCAGCUCUGGGGCACACACAUCCCCUGGAUGCCACCAGCCAGAAGAUGUGAACCCAUCCCAGCGGUCCUG